AUGUUUGAGGCGUUGAAGGAGGUGCUCGGAGAGAUCAACACCAAGCUCACGCAGGUGAAUGAUGAGCUGAACUCGCGGAUGGCUACCGAAAACGGAGGUACCGGGCGGCCCGCGCCGCAGGCCCAGUACUGCGGGCCGUACAAGCUCGAGAAGACACUCGGCAAGGGGCAGACGGGUUUGGUCAAAACGGGAACGCACUGCAUCUCGGGGCGCAAAGUGGCCAUCAAGAUUGUGAACAAGGAGAAGCUCAGCGAGUCGGUGUUGCAGAAGCACGUCUCCGGUGGCGAGCUAUUCGACUAUCUGGUCCGAAAGGGACGGCUCAUGUCAAAGGAAGCGCGGAAAUUCUUCCGCCAAAUCAUUUCGGCCCUCGAUUUUUGCCAUGCCCAUAAUAUUUGUCAUCGCGACUUGAAGCCGGAAAAUUUGCUGCUGGAUGAGCGGAAUAAUAUCAAGGUCGCCGACUUCGGAAUGGCCUCCCUCCAAGUCGAAGGCUCCAUGCUGGAGACAAGCUGCGGUUCCCCGCAUUAUGCUUGUCCGGAAGUUAUUCGGGUA